AUGUAUAGAAAUUGUCCAAUUAUAUUGGGGAAAGUUGAGUUUCUAGUUGACCUUGUAGAAUUUGAGUUAUCUGAGUUUGAUGUAAUUUUGGGGAUGAAUUGGUUGACUAAAUAUGAGGCUGACAUCAAUUGUGUUAAGCAAAAUGUGACCCUUAAAGCACCUGAUGGGUGUAGAAUUUCAUACCAAAAUGUCAUAGUUUUAAAUUCCCCUAAAACUUCCAUAGCUGAUAUACAUGUGGUUUGUGAAUACCCAAAUGUGUUUCCUGAUGAGAUACCUGCUGUAUUUAUGAAUUUAAUGAACCGUGUCUUCAAGCCAUACCUAGACAAGUUUGUGGUUGUUUUCAUUGAUGAUAUUUUGGUAUACUCUAAGAACCCAGAAGAACCUAAGGAGCAUUUGAGGAAGGACUAUGAUCUUGAUAUCCAAUAUCAUCCUGGAAAAGCUAAUGUAGCUGCUUAUGCCUUGAGUCGUAAAUCUCACCUGAAAACAAUCCUGUCUAUUCCUCGAGCCAUUCAUGAUGAUUUGGUGAGGAUGGAGGUAGAACUCAUUCAGAAGGAAAAGGGUGGUUGUUUGAAUGCAAUGGAGUCAAGGCCAUGCUUAAUUGAAGAAAUAAAGGGAGCUCAGGGAAAGGAUUCACAAUUAGAACGAAUAAAGGUUGAUGUGAAGAAUGGGAAAUCACUUGGUUUUGUGAUCCAAGAGGAUGGAACUUUGAGGUUUCAAGGAAGAUUAUGUGUUCCAAAUGAUGAAAAUUUGAAGAAAAGAAUUUUGACCGAGUCUCACAAUACACCAUAUUCAAUUCACCCUGGAGGAAAUAAGUUGUACAAAGAUCUGAGGCAGGAUAAAAAUAGAACACCAGAGGCAGCUGGUUUGUUGCAGCCUUUGGAUGUGCCAAAGUGGAAAUGGGAUUCCAUAUCGAUGGAUUUCAUCUUGGGUUUGCCUAUGUCAACCAAGGGAAUGAAUGCCAUUUGGUUAUUGUGGAUUGGUUGA